CGGCCCAAACCCUUAUCAUCUUCUAGGGUUGUUACUGGAAAAUUUCAUUCCCUCUUCAUUAUUCUCCUCUAAUACCUUUUUGUAAACCACAGUUCCAGUUUACAGCCUAUUCUAGUUCCGUUUCUCUAACUACUAGUUGAAGAUAUGGCGUCCCGUUUUUGGACUCAGGGCGAUAGUGAUACGGAGGAGGAGGAGUUGAGUGAUAUCGAGCGGGAGGAUGAGCCGGGUGACACUGCCGAUGCAGUGGCUGGGCCUGGGUCAAGAUAUCUUGCAGCUGAUGACAGCGACAGUGAUGAGUCGGAUGGACAGAAACGAGUGGUCCGGUCAGCCAAGGAUAAGCGCUUUGAGGAGUUAUCAGCUACAGUUGAUCAGAUGAAGAAUGCUAUGAAGAUUAAUGACUGGGUCAGCUUGCAGGAGAGCUUUGACAAGAUUAAUAAGCAGCUGGAGAAGGUCAUGCGCAUAACAGAAUCGAUUAAACCACCUAAUCUCUAUAUCAAAGCUCUAGUGAUGCUGGAGGAUUUCUUGAAUCAGGCCUUGGCCAAUAAGGAGACUAGGAAGAAGAUGAGUAGUAGUAAUGCCAAAGCCUUGAAUUCGAUGAAACAGAAACUGAAAAAGAAUAAUAAGCAGUAUGAGGAGUUGAUUAAUAAGUAUAGGGAAAAUCCUCCUGUGAGUGAGGAUGAGGGUGGUGAUGAUGAAGAGUCAGAAGAGGAAGAAGAAGAUGACGAAGAGGAGUUUGAGGAGGACCCAACAAAGAUUGAAGCUGCAUCUGAUGAGGAAGAUGACGAUAUACAGAAAGAGGACGAGUGGGAGAAGAUGCUGAGCAAGAAAGACAAACUUCUGGAUAAACAGUUCAAGGAUCCAAGUCAAAUCACGUGGGAGACAGUCAACAAGAAGUUCAAGGAAAUUGUUGCUGCUAGGGGUAGAAAGGGGACUGGGAAGAUGGAAUUGGUUGAACAGCUCACCUUCCUGACCAAGGUGGCCAAGACGCCAGCGCAGAAACUUGAGAUUCUGUUUGGUGUUGUGUCUGCCCAGUUUGAUAUUAAUCCAGGUCUCAGUGGACACAUGCCUAUAAAUGUGUGGAAAAAGUGUGUGCAGAAUAUGCUUACCAUCCUUGAUGUUUUGACCCAAUACUCAAACAUUGUGGUUGAUGACAUGGUGGAGCCUGAUGAGAAUGAGACCCAGAAAGGAGCAGACCACUCAGGGACGAUAAGGAUCUGGGGAAACUUGGUUGCCUUUGUAGAAAAGAUAGAUGUAGAGUUUUUCAAGAGCUUGCAGGUAAUUGAUCCACAUACCAGCCAGUAUGUUGAGAGGCUGAGGGAUGAGCCAUUGUUUUUGGUUCUUGCUCAAAAUGUCCAGCGUUAUUUAGAAAAGGCGGGAGACUAUAAGGGUGCUGCCAAAGUGGCUCUUAAACAGGUUGAAUUCAUCUAUUAUAAACCACAAGGAGUGUAUGAUGCUAUGAGGAAGUUGGCUGAGCUCACGGAACGUGGAGAGGCAGAGUCUGUAGAAGAAAACAAAGUGGUUGAGGAGAGUAGAGGUCCAACCACAUUUGUUGCGACUCCUGAGCUUGUGCCUAGGAAACCUGCUUUUGAAGAGAACAGCAGGACCUUGAUGGACAGUCUUGUUUCUCUCAUAUAUAAAUAUGGGGAUGAACGAACCAAGGCCCGUGCAAUGCUCUGUGAUAUAUACCACCAUGCUAUCUUGGAUGAGUUUUCAACAUCCCGUGACUUGUUAUUGAUGAGUCACUUGCAGGAAAAUAUCCAGCACAUGGACAUUUCAACCCAGAUACUUUUUAAUAGAGCCAUGGCUCAGCUCGGGCUCUGUGCGUUCAGGAUGGGACUUGUUGCAGAAGCACAUGGUUGCCUUUCUGAACUCUAUUCUGCUGGCAGGGUGAAGGAGUUACUUGCACAAGGUGUCUCCCAAAGCCGAUAUCAUGAGAAGACCCCAGAACAGGAGCGGAUGGAGAGGAGGCGUCAGAUGCCCUAUCAUAUGCAUAUAAAUCUUGAGCUUCUUGAGGCCGUCCAUCUGACAUGUGCAAUGCUUCUUGAAGUGCCAAACAUGGCAGCUAAUAGCCUUGACAUGAAGCGCAGGGUCAUAAGCAAGACAUUCUGGAGAUUGCUUGAAAUCAGUGAGAGGCAAACUUUCACCGGUCCACCUGAAAAUGUGAGGGACCAUGUCAUGGCAGCGACAAGGGCCCUCAGGCAAGGAGACUUUCAGAAGGCUUUUGAUGUUAUCAAUUCCCUUGAUGUGUGGAGGCUGCUUCGCAACAAGGAUAGUGUUCUUGAGAUGCUUAGGGGCAAAAUAAAGGAAGAGGCACUGAGGACCUACCUUUUCACAUAUUCUUCUUCUUAUAAUUCUGUGAGUUUGGAUCAGCUUGCGGGGAUGUUUGACCUUUCAGAUUCACAGAUCCAUAGCAUCGUGAGCAAAAUGAUGAUUUCUGAGGAGCUUCAUGCAAGCUGGGAUCAACCAUCCCGAUGCAUGGUCUUUCAUGAUGUUGAGCAUACAAGAUUGCAGGCUUUGGCAUUCCAGUUGACAGAGAAGCUGUCAGUUUUAGCAGAAAGUAACGAAAGAGCGACAGAAUUGAGGAUUGGCGGUGGUGCAUUGGAGGGCCUUCCCCCAAGGCGCAGGGAUGGCCAGGAUUAUGCUGCUGCAGCUGCUGGUGCUGGUAAGUGGCAGGACUUCUCCUUCUCACAAGGCAGGCAAGGUGGUGGUGGUGGCCGAACAGGGUAUGUCGGUGGUAGAUCAACAUCUGGGCAAACAUCGAGGGACCGUACUAAUCAGGCACGAGGGACUCAAGGCUCAAGAUAUCAGAGUGGUACAAUUUCCAGGGGAAGCCAGAUGGAUGGAUCAGGUCGCAUGGUUAAUCUUAACAGAGGGGUCCGUUCUUAGAGAAAGCCGUGCACAAUUUUUUGCAUAGAGAGAAAAUCACAGAGCUUUUAGGGUUCCUGAUUGUAGUAGUAUUAAUAGCUUUCUUUAUUUUAUAUACCAAGUUUCUUAGUGCUACAUUGUUUUCUGAUUUUCUAGCAUCUUUUGGCAAUGUUGUACUGCUUUUUUCAUUUAAUGACAUUCAUUAAGUUGGGUGCGUUCUUUUUAAA